AUGUCAUAUUCAACAGAGAUAAACCAGCUAGUUCUGGAAGGGUCCAAGUUGUAUGCAUCCAAGGAUUAUGAAUUGGCAUCUGAAAAAUACGGAAAAGCUUGUGAAGAGUAUUCAAAUGAACAUGAAGGAGAAGAGGAUGGAGAUUUAUUAUUUCUAUACGGAAAAGCAUUGUAUCAAAAUGGAGUAAGCAAGAGUGAAGUGUUGGGUGGUGUAAGAGGUGCAAAUGGACAAGAUGGUGAUGAGGAGAAACAAGAUGGAGAAGGUGAGGAAGAUGCAGAAGGUGAGGAUAAGUUUCAAUUUUAUGAUGCUGAGCCAAUUGAAGGUGAAAUAGAGGGAGAAGGGGCGGAACCAGCGGAAGGAGAAAAAAAUGGUGAGACGAGUGCUGACGGAACGACCGAAGACGGUUCUGAAGACGAGCAAGAUCAAGAAGGUGAUGAAGAGGGCCAGGAGCCGGGGGAUUUGGAGAUGGCAUGGAUGAUUUUAGAUGCAACCAGAGCUGUAUUUGAAAAGCAAAUCGAGUCUGCCACCAAACCAACACAAUCUCCACCAUACAUUAGUAAUGAAACUGCGUUAAUUGAAGAUGAGUAUGUCAAGUUGUUGAAAAAAUUGUCUGAAACAUAUGACAUUCUCGGUGAAGUAUCUUUGGAAAUGGAAAACUUCCCUCAAUCAGCCCAGGAUUUAAACAAGUCACUUGAUUUAAGAUUAGAAUUAUACCCAUCUGAUUCACCCCUUGUAUCAGAAUCCCACUACAAGCUAGCGCUUGCUUUGGAAUUUUGUGUUGAGGAUGAAGGAGACGAUGCCGGUGAAUCACGAAAGAAGGCAGCACAACAUAUUAAGCUGGCAAUAAAAUCAACAGAGGCCAGGAACAAGAAAGAAACCGACGAAACAAAAAGGAAGGACAAUGAGCAGAUGAUUGGUGAAUUGAAGGAAAAGUAUCAGGAUUUGAUUAAAGAUCCAAAUGAACAGUUGCAACAAGAUCAAUUGGAUAUAAUGAAGGGUAUAUUAGGCAGUGAUGCUGCAGGUGCUAAUGCUGGACAAGCAAUCAUUAAUAACUUGACAUCCAUUGUGAAAAAAAAGGGUGCAGAGGGAAGUAGUAGUAGUAGCAAGAGUGCCACUACAACAAGUGCUCCCAAGGUGGUGAAUGAUUUGUCUGGGUUGGUUAAAAAGAGAAAACAAAAUAGUGAUCCCAACGCGUCAAAAAAAGCGAGAAAGUGA